AUGGCCUUCGUCGAUGCCGGAGGAGCUGGAGUUGUAUUCGUGGAGGGUAUAGAGUACUCAUUUAUGGAGGGGUUCUUUGGGCCUCCAUUUUUCUUUUUGGACCGCAAUACAGCCCAACAGAAGCUCAUUCUUCAAGCAGGCAAGGAUGCUGAAAAAGCGCAAGUGAACAAUUUCGCUCAAACGGACAGCUACAGGAUCCUUGCAAAAUGCGCCAUCGAUCCUAACAAGGUAGACGCAGAAAAGACGAACUUGGACUUAGAGGAGGCUUUCAAAGCCCGCAUAUCACUCCUUGCACCAAGGAAGAGCAUCGUCCACUAG